AUGUCAGGAAAACAAUCAUUUAAAACAUUAUGCGUUGUUACAUUGCAAAUAAUUUAGCAUAAUAUGAACAUAAUAUACUUAUUAUAGUGAGUUACAUAAUUAUUCACAAAAUAAUCAUAUAUGAGGUGUGUAAUAAGGAGGUGGUGUCGGGAAUGUGGUUGGCAAGCCUGCGGGAACACUUUCGUCUGCUGCACCGUGUAAACAACUCUACAACAAUAACAACAACAUCCCUUUUCGCUCCACACCACACUGAUCCUAAAUCUUAUUUGUAGCUACGUUAUGGCCAAGGUGUUCUCCUGCUUGUAUCAGAAUGUGAGGCCUCUUUCUCGCUGUUUAGAAAGUAAAAUCUUGUGUGGUGAGGGCGUUGGUGCUAGGCCUAUAGGGUCGGGGUUAUCCUGCAGUAGUUCAGGUCAAGUGUGUUGGCUCUCUCUCACAUGUGGACGAUUCAACGCCUUUCCUCGUCCUAAACUCUCCCCACAAGAGGUGACCCAGAUUCUUCGUCAAAAUGAAGGAGUAGUGCAAGUGAGCGGUGGUGGAGAUCAAGAAUGGACAUCACAAGUUAUCAUGCCCGCAGCAACAUAUUCAAUAGAUUCUGUAGAUUCUAAUCAGCUGGAAUCUAAUUCUCCAAUAGAAGACAAGCUGGCUGUUGCUCGAUGUCUUCACACUACUGGUUAUCUGUUUGGUGUUUUUGAUGGUCAUGGAGGUCCAGAGUGUAGCCAGGUGGUUGCCAAGCGGCUCUUUGACUAUGUGGCUGCUUCACUGCUGCCCCGCGCAGAGCUGCGUAGACUUGUGUCUGAGUGGAAGGCUGGGUGUCGUGUUCCACUCACCAUGGUGUAUAACGAUUCAUCGCAUUUUGUCUCAGAACUUCAAGAAAUUUAUGAAGCUUCUCUUUUGAGCUACUGUGACACUCUGCUGACCUCUGUUACUCAGGACUUCAGUAUGGAAGAUGCACUCAUUGGUUCAUUUAUUCAACUGGACAAUGACUUGGGUCAUGAGGUAGUGAAGAAUCAAAAUUCACCCGUGCUGGAACCACUUCUCCGAGUAGCACUGUCAGGGUCUGUAGCAUGCGUAGCUCAUGUGGAUGGUCCUCAUCUCCAUGUAGCUAAUACAGGGGAUUGUGGAGCUGUGCUAGGAAUGCAAAGGCAAGACACAGGAGGUGGCUGGCUUGCACAUCGUCUCACAAAUGAUCACUCGUGGGAAAAUCAAUCAGAAAUAGAUCGGGUAUUGUCAGAGCAUCCACCAAUAGAAGCAGAGUAUGUGGUAAGAAAUCAGAGAUUAUUAGGGAUGCUCAUGCCAUUCAGGGCCUUUGGAGAUUUUCGUUUCAAAUGGGACAGGGACACACAAAUCAAAAUAAUUCAACGUUAUGCAGGUCGCGAUAAUAUUAUUCCUCAUUGUCUGACACCACCAUACCUCACUGCUAUGCCAGAAGUCUCUUAUCAUCGCUUGCGACCACAUGAUAGAUUUUUACUUAUGGCUUCAGAUGGUCUAUGGGAAUGUAUGAGUGCAUUAAAUUCUGUAACUUUGGUUGGAGAGUACAUGAGUGGCCGUCAGACCCUCCAGCCAGUGCGAUUCCCAAGACAAGCUAUCACAUUGAGGGAGAUUGCUCAGUUGUUAGAGCAACGACAGAAAGGUUUGUGCCUGAAGCCAGUUGACACAAAUGCAUCUACACAUUUGAUACGUCAUGCUCUAGGGGGAUCAGAUGCAGGUUUAGACCAUGCACGUCUAUCACAUUCACUGACGCUUCCACCGGAGGUGAGACGUUACUUCAGGGAUGAUAUAUCCAUUCAUGUAAUAUUCUUCGAUUCUAAUUUCUUAAGAGUAUGCCCUGUGGAGAUUUAAGUUGUACAUAUGUAUCUUUUAUUUUAAUUUUGUAGUUAUAAAAGAUUUUCUCUAUAGAAAUAGAUGCAGGAGUCUCAAUGACUGCUGAAGUAUCCUGUACUGUAUACUGUACAAUAAUUUAGAAUUUUAUGAUAGUUAAGAAGUUUGGACACUAUGCCACACAACCCAUAAUAUGGGUGACUCUGGUGCUAUUUGUUAAUACUGUCUUGUAUUCUUAAGUUUCUGUCAGGGUGGCACUUUACCAUACAUGUGUACAGUAUCAACAAUAAAUAGGAUAUAAUAAAAUUAUGAGCUUAAGAUUAAAUAAGAUGUAUGGUGUAUUUUGUGUAAUCAUCACAAGUUAUACAGGGUAGCCACAAAUUAUUCACCUCAUUAUAAGUUAAUAAAUUUGCUGUUAUAGGGGCUAAUUUAAAUUGGUUUGCGGUAACUAAUAAUACAACUUGAAAUUUUUUUCCGUUGUUUCAUAGAACUUCCACUAUGGGCACAAUGAUAGUAGUGAAGGAGAAAGUAAUAUAAAGUGGCUGUGGGAAAACAAAUCUCCAAUUACUAUACAAAGAUGUUUAUGUUCGAAAACAAAAGAAAACUCCACUAAUAAAGCAGUCAUUCAGGAGAUGGCUGAAACGAUUUCAAGAAACUGGCAAUGUGAUACAGUACAUCAGAAAGGAACUGGUAGACCUAGUGUAUCUAACAAUAGGAUAACAAAAUUUCAGGAUUCAUUUAUCUAAAGUCUUAAACACUUUUAUUUGCCGAGCAAAUUGACAAUUGUAAAUACUGUACUGCAGUCAGUAGAACAUAAAAUUAUUAAUAAACAAAAGGUUGAAACUUCUUGCAAGACAUGCUUCUUAAUAUCUGGAACUAAAUCAUGUAUCACCUUGAUGUUGUGCGUGGUACUAAUGGGUCUCGUGUGGUAGUUAACUAAAUUCUGUUUAACUAAUGUAUGAACUGAACUGUGGUAGUCUUCUUAAUUAAAACAACUAUGUCUGGAGUUAUGUUAUUAAUUACUGCAAUCCUGUUUUAAGAUAGCUCCUAUAAUAAUGAAUUUAUUAAAAUAUUGUAAUGGGUCGAAUAAUUUAUGGGCACUCUGUAUAUCAUGUGCAUUUCCUGGGUUUGUCAUGAAAAAAAUAGAGGAUUUACUAUCAUUAUAAAUAAUAAACUAUAUCGGUAAACUUUAGGUCUGGAAGAAUAAAUUAUCUGGGUGUAGGUAUAAGGUUUAGCAAUUUAAAGAACAUGUUUCAUAAUUUUUCAUUAAGGUUCAUAAUUUCUUUGAUAAUACUGCAGUGUGCAUGUUAUCUCAAUAUUGCUAUUGAUUAAGUAAAUGAAGUAUUGAAAAGCUAUAGCUGCCACUUGCCUUUUAAGAUAUGGUACUCUAUACUGUUGUACAGUAGCUUGAAAUACAGUACUCUACACUGUUGUACAGUAGCUUGAGAUACAGUACUCUAUACUGUUGUACAGUAGCUUGAGAUACAGUACUCUACACUGUUGUACAGUAGCUUGAGAUACAGUACUCUACACUGUUGUACAGUAGCUUGAGAUACAGUACUCUACACUGUUGUACAGUAGCUUGAGAUACAGUACUCUACACUGUUGUACAGUAGCUUAAGAAACAGUACUCUACACUGUUGUACAGUAGCUUAAGAUACAGUACUCUACACUUAUCAUACAGUAGCUUGAGAUACAGUACUCUACACUGUUGUACAGUAGCUUAAGAUACAGUACUCUACACUUAUCAUACAGUAGCUUAAGAUACAGUACUCUACACUGUUGUACAGUAGCUUGAGAUACAGUACUCUACACUGUUGUACAGUAGCUUAAGAUACAGUACUCUACACUUAUCAUACAGUAGCUUGAGAUACAGUACUCUACACUGUUGUACAGUAGCUUAAGAUACAGUACUCUACACUUAUCAUACAGUAGCUUAAGAUACAGUACUCUACACUGUUGUACAGUAGCUUGAGAUACAGUACUCUACACUGUUGUACAGUAGCUUAAGAUACAGUACUCUACACUUAUCAUACAGUAACAUGAGACACAGUACUCUACACUUAUCAUACAGUAACUUGAGACACAGUACUCUACACUAUUGUACAGUAGCUUGAGAUACAGUACUCUACACUAUGAUACAGUAGCCUGAGAUGCAGUACUUUACACUUAUCAUACAGUAACUUGAGAUACAGUACUCUACGCUAUUGUACAGUAGCUUGAGGUGCAGUACUCUACACUAUGAUACAAUAGCCUGAGUUGCAGUACUUUACAUUUAUCAUACAGCAACUUUAUAUCAGGUAUUCAGAUAAAUCCAAGUGUCAUGGGUGACACUCAAGAUGUAAUCUUGUAUAGUUUUAGUUGCCUUACACACAGCUCAUGUUGCCAUCUGUGUACUCCGUGGGGUACAGCAUUCCACUAUAAGAUAGUUAUAAUUCUUACACUAUUUCUUACAUGAGUGUGCUGUCGAAUCAUAUUUUGAUUAUGAGCAAUUGUACUUUCACUAAAUAUUUGUUAAGAACAAAUGAAAUUAUGCAGGUGUGGUGAAGAGAGAAUUUUGAGAAAGAGAUCUAGAGCACCCCAGGAAUGAAUUUGAUUAUUAGUUACAUUUAUAUUAUUUAUCAUGGAUUUUGUGUCAAUUUUGGUUUGUACGUUAAAUAGGUACACUAUUGCAAUGGUCACUUGCAGAGUCGGAAGUUCCUCGUGUGGGAUGAUACAAAUUCUGUGAGUGAGGAUACAUUUUUUUGUACUCUUACAAAGUUACACAAGUUAUGCAAAAAUAAAUAUUUAGUAGGUAACUUGUAAUGUAAUACAGGACUGGUAUCAUUGCUCAGUUAUAAUUCAUAUUAAAAUAUUCUCUCAAGAUCUUUCAUUACUUUUUUUUUACGUUUAGUGCAUCAUAGCACUUUUGCAACAUCACAAAAUAACCACAGUUACCAAAUGAAAGUUGAAAAUUUCUGUCAAUAUUGAGAGGUUUCCUUGGUUCAUCCAGUAGGCAGUUGGUCACCAGGCUGAUGUCGUAUGUUCCCUGAGAGCUUCAUUACCCGUGCAGCGCCUCCUGUGUUAUGCUGAGUUAUUACAGCAGCUGUUGUGUUAUGCUGAGUUGUUACAGCAGUUCCUGUGUUAUGCUGAGUUAUUACAGCAGCUGUUGUGUUAUGCUGAGUUGUUACAGCAGUUCCUGUGUUAUGCUGAGUUAUUACAGCAGCUGUUGUGUUAUGCUGAGUUGUUACAGCAGUUCCUGUGUUAUGCUGAGUUAUUACAGCAGCUCCUGUGUUAUGCUGAGUUAUUACAGCAGCUGUUGUGUUAUGCUGAGUUGUCACAGCAGUUCCUGUGUUAUGCUGAGUUAUUACAGCAGCUCCUGUGUUGUGCUGAGUUAUUACAGCAGUUCCUGUGUUGUGCUGAGUUGUCACAGCAUCUGCUGUGUUGUGCCUAGUUAUCACAGCAGCUCCUGUGUUGUGCCUAGUUGUCACAGCAGCUCCUGUGUUGUGCCUAGUUGUCACAGCAGCUCCUGUGUUGUGCCUAGUUGUCACAGCAGCUCCUGUGUUGUGCCUAGUUGUCACAGCAGCUCCUGUGUUGUGCCUAGUUGUCACAGCAGCUCCUGUGUUGUGCCUAGUUGUCACAGCAGCUCCUGUGUUGUGUUAGGUUCUGUCACAGCAGAUCCUGUCUUGUGCUGAGUUGUCACAGCAGCUCUUGUUAUGCUAAAUUGUCACAGCAGCUCUUGUUAUGCUAGGUUGUCACAGCAGCUCUUGUUAUGCUAGGUUGUCACAGCAGCUCUUGUUAUGCUAGGUUGUCACAGCAGCUCUUGUUAUGCUGGGUUUUGUCACAGCAGCUCCUAUGUUGUGCCGAGUUGUCACAGCAGCUUCUGUGUUAUGCCGAGUUCUGUCGCAGCAGCAGCAGCAGCAUUAAGCAAUUUUGAAUAUUUCCUAAAAAUGGUGUGCACUUUAUGGUAUGUAUGUAACAAAGUGUGUGUACUGAGGCGAAACAUUAACAUGAUUUAAUGAAUACUUUUAGUAAUCAGUCAUUAUUUUUGUAACCAAAAUUAUUAGCAGGAUAGUGGUUAAAAUUAAUAUGACAACAUUAACCAGGGGUUGAUCCACAGAGAAGAGUAUAGUGUGCAAUUCGUCAGGAUGUUUAUAACUUAAGGUUGCUGCAACUGGCAACAUAGAUGUGCUCGAGAAAGAUGACAUUCUUUCUAAGUUAUGGCAAGAUAAUCUCAUAUUCAGUUUAUAAGUUCAAAUUACUUGAAGUAACAAUUUAAGAGUUUUAGUACAUGUACACAAAUGUGUUUCAGUUUGAGGGUGAAGAUCCAUACUAAGGUUGGUGCAUCUGUGUGGAAACUGGUCAUAUUGAUCAUUCAUUUACAUCUCGACACCCUCAUUAAGUGAAUGGACAGCAAAUAUAUAACAUAUUUUAUGCUUCCUUUGGGGACAUGACCAUAGAUAUAAAUUCUCCAUAUUGUAUACUGUAUUGUUAUUUUUUUUGAAGAUGUGAUUAGUGUUAUACAGUACAGUAGUAUUUUCUGAGCAAGGCCCACCUCAGUAUCUUCUCUGACCCAUAUUAUUAGGUUCAACCAGAUCACUGCAAGCAUGAUAUGCCCUGAGUGACUUUAAGCCCCACCAUGAUGAGUGUCCUUGCAGAUAGUUAUGUGCCAUAGUGUAGGGGUGAGGAGUUUAGUCAUGGUGCUUUGGUGUGUUGGAGUCAGGA